CAAUUCUGGAUUUCCCAUGCUUGUUUUAUACACCAGAGCUAUAUUUAAGUUUUUUCCCUCACCAUGUAAUAUGUAUAGUAGCCUAUUAUUUCACUUUCUUUAAUAUAGCAAUAUUCCCUAUUAUUAUUAAAAUGUAUAUGUAGACAUAAGUACAAUUUAAAAUCAUCUUAGAUAUUCACUUGCCGUGCGUUCGUUUUAUACAUAAGAAUUGCAUGCAGAUUAUGCCUGACUCUAUACGGGCAUUAUAUAGAAUGGGAUAUAUAUAGGCUACGUUAAAAUGAAAUGUAUACUACUUUAUCAGUAAUUUUUGCGUUCGGAAAAUCCAAAAAUAUUAUUAAAUAUUAAAUAUUACAUAUUUAACGUCUAUCAGUAACAUGAACUAUUCGUUUAAUGCGUCUAAAUAUAACGCAACCCGAGUUUCUCUUUUUAAAUGAGUAGCCUAUAUUUAAUGGAUAGCCUAUUUAAACAUGUACGGGUCUUCUCAGAAAUGUGACGUCAAGGAAAUCAGGGCGAAAAAGACAGAAACAGCGUAAACGUAAAUAAACAGCAAUGCUAAUAAUACAAGGCGACCCACGACAGAUACAAGCUGUACCAAUUCUGCUGUAUUUUUACUCGACGUGAGUUGAAGUGUAGGCACACUCGGUUUACAAUAGCCCUAUGAACAGCAUACAUAUUGUAAAACAAAAGAUACACUGUUAGCAAUUUUAGUUAUGUAAAAUACGUUUUCCCGACUCUAAUGGCAUUGCGUAUUUCAGUUUAACCCAAUGCGGAAAACUGUUUCUAAGUACAGGAUACCUUGUACUGCCAUUUAGAAAGGUGACAGACACAUAAUCCUACGCCACACAUCCUGAAAAACAGGACAUUAAGGAAGCUAAGUUAACAAUUUCAUAUACUGUGCAACAAGCGGAAGACUCUCCUAUCUGGUGGUUCCAAGUUGACAUAUUUGACUACCCCCCUCCCCCAAAUAUAAUAAAUAAGUAUGAACACAGCAUGGUGAUUUAGAAGGGUGCCAGUGAAUUAGAAGGAUGUUCGAAAUUAUGUGUUUUUAAGUACAUUUGUGUUUGAUUUAUGUGCUGCCAUGUGGUUUUGUCUUGAUUUCUGAUUUCAAUAUUAAAUAAUACUGGAACAUUUAAUUGGGUACCUGUCUAAACAGUAUCUCAUGUUUUGCUAGCCCUGUGCUGAUUGGUAGUUACAGCCCCCCCACCCCAGCAGUGGUCUGUAAAAGUUGGUUGUUUCUAGGUGAUAAAUGUUACUGUUCCUGCAGUUUCUUGGCCGGUGCAAUGGUCAGCCACCUGCCUACCUCAUUCCUCUACUCUGUAGGCUGAGACCCAACACCCACCUUCUGUAUGUGCACUGUCAGCCACCUGCUUCUUUUCAUAUUCCAAGCUGCAGGUUUCAUUCUGCUGCAUAAAUGGCAGGAGGGAAGCGAGAGAGCAGGUCAUCCGGUCCCAGGAGCAUUUGUGAUUAGGAGCCUUGCUCAAGGCCCAAUGGUGACAUUACUUAAAUCAGUCACAGGACUUAAACCAGCAACCUUCCAGUGAGCAGCACAGAGCUACACCUUGCCUACACUGUAAAAAAAAUUCCGUUGUUUUUACGGAAAAAAGCUGGCAGCUGUGGUUACCAGAAUUAUUCUGUAAAAAAUACUGUACACGUGUAAACAACUUUACAGAAAAAUCUAUAAAUUGUACUGGAUUUCAAUGUAAAACAACCACCAACUACAUGUGAAGUUUACUUUCAGUGUAGAAUAAACAACGAUUAGAUGUAAAUUAUACCGAAAUAACUGGUACAACAGCAGCAUGGCCCUGCUAAAUUAACAGAAAGAAGUUGAAUCUAUAAAUAACUAUGUAAAAUGUUACAGUUCUAGUAUGUGAAAUUGACAGACUGUUUUAUAAAGCUAUUUUCAUUCUUAACAAAUUUUUUUACAGAAUUACUCUGGUAGCCACAGCUGCCAGCACUUUCUUGCCGAGGUAACACGCUCUUUAUUAGUAGUCCGGAAAAAAAACUACAUCAGGCAGCCAAAGAGCCCCGAACCUAUUGUAUACAGGAAACACGAGGUUGUCAGACGCUCAACUGUAGGACACAUACACGGUGGGAGAUUUACGGACACUAAUUACACACGAGGAUCGGACAGGGUACACAUAAGACACAGGAGAGAAAAUGGCUUAUGAGAAACAAAUAUUCUCUGGAGAAGAAUUAAACGGCUUGUGGGACUAUGAUAACUACAGCGACCAAAUUUUUGACAACACCAGUGACACAUGCUGUUCUGGCCAAGUGUGCGACCCAGAGAAGAUGAUGCGAUUUGAUGCUGUGUUCAUCCCGGUGCUCUACACCCUGACUCUGCUAGUGGGUCUGCUGGGGAAUGGCUUAGUUCUGGCCAUUCUCUGCCAGAUGCGACGCACCUGGAGCAUCACCGAUACCUUCAUCCUGCACUUGUCUGUGGCUGAUCUUCUUCUGCUCAUCACGCUGCCUUUCUGGGCUGCUGAAGCUGUCCAGGGCUGGAAGUUUGGAACUCCUCUCUGCAAACUGAUGGGAGCCAUUUUCAAGAUCAACUUCUUCUGUGGCAUCUUCCUACUCGCUUGCAUCAGUCUGGAUCGUUACCUGUCCAUCGUCCACGCUGUGCAGAUGUAUUCCCGUCGAAAGCCCUGGCAGGUGCAGGCCAGCUGUUUGUUCGUCUGGUUCUUCUGCCUCAUCCUGUCUGUCCCUGACUGGGUCUUCCUAGAGGGGCAGUAUGACAGUAGAUCAGAAAUGUAUAAGUGUGAACACAACUACAGUAAGUAUUCUGCCAAUGUUACUAAUUGGCGCUUGGCUUCCCGCCUGCUCUACCACAUUGUGGGCUUCCUCAUCCCCUCUGUGGUCAUGGUCUUCUGCUACUCCUGUAUCCUGCUACGGCUUCACCGCGGCUCCCAAGGCAUCCAGAAACAGAGAGCCAUACGUGUGAUCCUGGUGCUAGUGGUGGCCUUUUUCAUCUGCUGGACACCUUUCAACAUAACUCUCAUUGUAAAUACCCUACACGCCAACGAUACAAUAAAUAGGACUUGUGAGAGCACCACAGCCUUGGACAUAUCCAUGACAGCCACGACCACACUGGGCUACAUGCACUGCUGCCUGAACCCCAUACUCUAUGCAUUUGUCGGCAUCAAGUUCCGAAAUCAACUCCUGGAGAUGUUGAAGGCCCUGGGCUGCAGGCUGCAUGGGCAAUAUCGCAUGCCCUCACGGAAGAGCUCUGUGUGGUCUGAGUCUGGAGACACAUCCUACACCUCUGGCUUCUGAGGAAUGCCUCUUACAUCACCAGCUCCUUUUUUUCGAUUGGCCACAUGCCUUUUACAUCAGCAGAUAUAUUUUUUUAAUUGGUCAUGACUUUUUAAGGAUGGUGAAAAUAUAUGAUGGUGUGAUGCCAAAAAUUGAUCAGAAAAAGGAACAAAAGUGUAACACGUAAUAAUGAAACUAGCAGAGAGUGGUCAUUUCUUGAAAUAAGAUGAGAGAGGGUGAUGAGGAAAACUGAUGCUUCAUAUGCAUCAUAUGGAACAAAUUUCCUGUUUUGAGCUAUGGUGUCUGCCAUAGAAUGCUAGCUCAUGAAAUGACUAGGCCUAUAUAUCAGAAACCAAAAGUCAAACAAGAAACUUUCAAAAUUUCGAUCAGAGAUGAUAUCUGGAUUUGGUUUCUUGUUAUAUAAUAAUAAUGCUAUUGUUGUUCACUGUGCUAAACAUAUUUUGCUCUGAAAAGGCUCCAUAGUACAGUCAUUAUUAAUCACAAGUGCUUCCAUUACAGAAUAAAUCAGUAAACUAGCAUUAUGUCAUUUUUGGUAAAGUAGUGCUGGUCUGCUAUAAACCUACUUAAUACAUUUAUCUGAUGCUUUUGUCCAAAGCAAUUUACAGUAGAGGAAAAAGCUGUAGUUUAUUUGCAUUCUCAGGGAUUUUAGGUUAUAAGCACAGCUUGCUACUUACUGAGCUACAAAUAUAGCUGAGUUUGAGGUAUUUUCCACAGAUAAUCAUAGGAAUGUGCUUCUCUUUUCUGUUGCUUAUAUGGAUGUGUUUGAACUGAAAAUGUAGAUCCUCUUUUGUUGAACAUCAGUGUGUACAGUAUUGUGUUCUUUUUUGUUGUUAUUCUAGGUACAGGAGAAAAGAUUAAUAGAAAAACAUUUCUGUUUUUAAUAACUUUUAACAAAUUUGAAAGGUUGUCAUAAGUAUGUUUUAUAUGCCAUCCCAAUGUUUUGCUUUAGGGCUUGUGAAUGGUCCAUCACUCCAUCCAUCUCCCAACUUAUUAUCCUGGUCAAGCUAAUUUCAGCAUAAGUAUGGAAGACACAACUGGGAAUUUAGAGACACCACUGGCCUAACUGCCUAACAUUUUCCACCCAGGGGGAAAUCCACACAACACGGGGACAAAUGUGAGUUGUACCCUGUGGUAAAUAUUUCAGUCUUGAAUCUUUCAGAAGUAUCAGUACCCAGCAGUGUCUUCGCGACUUGCUUUUUCCUAUAACUCAGCUCAACAUACUUUAACCGACGUCCUUACAGUAAGUAAGAAAGGUCUUACUAAAAAUGAAAUAGACGAAAGAUCAUUGAGGUGAACGACAAAGGGACAAGGCAGGGCGUGUACGCUGUCAUAAAUCUGGAAGUACCUCCUUCAAACCUUCUCAGUCGCGAGGCAAAUUCAUCAGUGUCCUGCACUUAAAGGAAACGUGUAGAUUUUUUUUGAGGAACAACUGAAUUUCUCAGUUCCCUUCUUUACUUCGUCCACAUGUAACCUGGGAUAAAUUAUGUAAAACCAGAACGACGGGGUGUAUUUUUGCCCAAGCCACUUUAUUUACAACCCCUUACUUUGUAGCUAUCUGGCGUCUGAAAAAACGGCAUAUUUGACUUGUAAUGGACAAAUGGUAGCUAUAGGCUAUAGCAGGGGCGUCAGAAGCAUUUUGAAUGUACGUGGGGCGGACACACUGGCAUAAAAUAUACUACAAAAAAAUAUAAAAGCAACCAAUUUAAAUAAAUAGAAAAACGAACGUAACUGCGGACUCAUCUGCCAACUUAAUUAUCUUUCCUCAGAUCAAGUCAGAGCCUUUUUCGUUUGCAUUGUAUAUUUUAAAAUGAGCUAUUUGUCUCAUAGAAAUCGUUCAGUUCUUACUUGGUGUGAAACUCUCAUCGGAGGUAGGCCUACUUACUGUAACGAAGUUCAAUCUGAUCGGCUGAAAAAGGUAUACGUUUUACUUAUUUAAAAUAUAAGAUCUGAAAAUAAACAUCAUCAAUUGUGUUUCGAUGCAUAUUGUUAUCUACGAGCUAUGUAGCCUUAAAAGUUGAUUACGCGUAAAAUACAGAAACGUUUUAACACAGUUUAUCCUCUUAGGUAUGCACUUUCUAACUUUUUUUAUAAUUUAUAUUCUUGCAAAUAUAUUUUCACAUUUUUACAUUUUGCAGUUUUUUAACAUGGGAGAUUUAAUGUGUUUUGGUGAAAAUACAUUUGCGAUUUAGCCUAUGUUUUAGUUUUAUAUGUUCAGAAAUGUUAUUUUAAACAAUUUUAUUAACAUGCAAGCUAUGGUUCAAUUUAUUUUUUUAUGCAUGUCACACAUAUUUGGCUUUUUCCUUAAUAAAAGUUCAAUCUAAUGUC